UGGGCAAGUAAACUUGGCAUCAGGUGGAGCCGGCCGGAGAAAAGGCGUGGAUGAGCCGCCAAAGAGGCGGAGCCGGCCAACUCUACAAAGCGCGCCAUCCCGAUGCGCGGGGACCGCGCGCCGGGGCUCUGCGAGAGGGCGAUCCAGCGCGCACAUCCUGGCGGGACUCUCUUCCGAAGGGCGGGCAAGGAGCGCGGCAAGCGGCGUGGCUUGUGAUCCCCGCCUCCCUCCCUCCAUCUCCGGCAUCGCGUCAUGGCCACGGGCAGCGGCGGGGACUGGCGGCGCUUCGAGGCCGCGCUGCGCAGCAGCCUCCGCCUCCUGCGGGACAAAUGGGGACCUCCGGAAAGGCUGCCGGCGAGGAAGGGCGAGUGCGCACGGCCAGCCCGCGGCGACGGGGAGGACGAGCAGCCGCAGCAGCAGCCCAGCGCCUUGGAAGCCCUGCCGAUAGAUGUGAAGUUAUACAUCAUGUCCUUCCUCACACCAAAAGAUCUGAGCUAUUUGGGAAGCACCAACCGCUAUUGGAGGCUAGCAGUCCAGGACCCCUUGCUAUGGAGAUAUUUUCUGUUUCGAGAUCUCUCUUCUUGGCAUUCUGUUGACUGGAAGUCACUGCCAGAUCCAGACAUAUUUAAUAGAUCGUUUGCUGAGCUACAUGACAGUUCUCUGUGUGACUACAUGGCUGUGUAUAAGAAGUGCUGUUCCAGUCGCAAAAGGUCCCCAACGUCCACUUAUGAAGCCUUGACUUCCUUCUUACAGUCAUUGAUCUCACAAGCAGAGCCUCGCUUUGCAAUGUUUGGGCCAGGUUUGGAAAACUUGGAUGAAUCUUUGGUUCAUAAAAUGAUGACGAAUCCAGAGAUUUUGCCAUCAGCUGCUAUAUCUUCUAGACAAAUACAUGGGAUAGGAUCAGGAGUCACAUUUAAUUUGAAUAGCCAGAAAUUCAAUAUUCUGACACUGUAUUCCCAAACCAGCAAAGAAAGACGCAGAGCAAAGGAAGACAAUAGCAACCCCAUCAACAAGAUGUUCCACGAAGAGAACAGCCUCGAUGGGACAACACAAUGCACUCUGAUUGAACACAUUAAAAACAUGUGCAGGCUAAUUGAUGGGUUCAUCUAUGUUGCAGAUGCUGAGGCUAAUAAAAGGCACAGUCGUCAAAUUGAACGUGCUCGGAUGGCAGCAAUGCUUGAUCCAACUCUUGGACCUUCAGGUAGACCUCUGCUGGUUUUGUCCUGCAUUUCGCAUGCUGGGACUGAAAGGAUUCCUUGUAUUUACAUGGCACACCAGCUGCAGCUAAACCUCCUUGACCAACCAUGGAUGGUUCAGGACACUGAAGCUGCCACAUUAGCUGGACUACUGGAUGGAAUUCAGUGGCUAUUGGAACAAACUGAACAUAAAAACACACAAUGAUCAGGAGGGAUCGUUAAGAGGGCCAAUAGACUUUUUGUUCAGCUUGCCUUAUUUUAAUGCCAUUCUUGAUGUGAGCACCAUUUUUCUUUCUAAUUUGAUAUGCUUCAGAAGUGACUGUUAUUAAAAAGGAUCUGUGCUGUCACA